AAAAAAAAAUUAUUUGGGAGAAAAAAGUCAGAAAUACCGGUAACUGUCGAACCAGCUUCACUGCGAUUUACACAUUGCAGUAGGCAACAAUGGAGGACGUGAGUGAAUUUCUGCGCGCCAGAGGGGUCCAAGAGGAAACCAUAUUGCAAAUGGAAGAACAAAAGAUUGACAGCGACGUCAUUGGUCUUAUGGAUGAUGCCACUCUUCAAAAAUACAUCCCCUCCUACGGAGACCGAAUAGCCAUCUUUAAUCAUUGUAGAAGUAAAAGGCCCACAUCAAAGCGAAAAAAAGGCCUUUAUGAAAGACUGAGGGAAAAAAUGACAGUGAGAUCGGAAAGUUCUCAAGGAAACGCAUCAGGUACAGAAACAAGAAAAACACAGACAAAGAAGCUGAAAGCCACAAGAAAUAUUGAAAUAGGCUGGAUUCACAAUGACACUAACACAACCAAACAAGUAAGGGCAAAACAAGGAGGUGGCACUAGAAAAAUUAAACUAUCAACUAAUGCUGGUUUGAAUGAAAUCCUUGAAACAGGAAAGACACUAUUUUUUCCUGAUGGAAUAUCACCUAAAGGACCUGAAUCAGAGUUCGACUUUGAGGUGUGGGAUUUUAAACAAAACUGCCUUACAGCUGAAACAUGCCCUUCAAUUAGCACAAUGUACGAAACUGUGCAAAUGACAAUGUUGCGAUUUUACAUUGCCACAAAGCGAAAACCUUCUGCAAACGCUGACAGCGACACAGUUGAAGAGACUUCUGAGUUUAAUCUUGUCUCGGGUGAAAAUGACGACUACACAGAUGUCAUUAUUGUUUUGGACGACAUACAGCGAUCACUAAACAUUUCUAGUGAUCCUGAAAUCACCUUUGGUCCUCAUUUCGGCAUCGAGGAAGAUGAAGAAGACACACUCAUAUUUGAGAAUGUUCCUGUCCCCGCCAGUCCACUUGAGGCAGAGAAACAACUAACAAUCACUGUACAUCAUGCAAACACCCUAGCUGACAUGAUUACUGCCUUUUCUGAUGCAGAGAUUUUAAACAAAUCAUUGAAUGUGAGGCGCAUUCUCCCAGAUAACAAGGAAGAAGCAGGCAGUGGUUCUGGGGUACUGAGGGAUGUUCUCAGCUGCUUCUGGCAAGAAUUCUAUGAGAGAUGCACACUUGGGACAACAGUUAAAGUGCCCUACAUUCGCCAUGAUUCUCCUGCUGAAACAUGGAAGGCAAUUGGAAGAAUCCUUUUGAAAGGUUACCAAGAUUGUGAAUAUUUCCCAAACAAACUUUCACUGCCUUUCCUUGAACAGGUGCUGUUUGAUAAUGUGUACAGUGACCUCAAAGCAUAUUUUAUGCAAUUUGUGAGCAGCCAAGAACGUGAAGUUUUGAUGCAAGCGCUGACUGAUUUCACUGCAGUUGACACUGAUGACCUUUUGGAGAUUCUCGACAGCUAUGGCUGUAGAAGGAAAGUCAGCGCAGAGAAUCUUCCUAAAAUAAUUGAAGAAAUUGCCCACAAAGAGAUGGUCCAAAAACCAAUGUUCGUUAUUGACUGCUGGAGGGAGAUUAACCAUCAACAUCUCAACCUCAGUCCAGAGGCACUGACUAAGUUGUUGUCUGACCUGCAACCCACCACAAAAAAAGUCUGCAAACUACUGAAAUUUGAUGUUGAUUUGACUACAAACCAAAAAGAGGUAGCAAAUCAUCUGAAAAGAUUCAUCAGAGAGCUAGAUGAGAGUAAACUUCAGAAGUUUCUACGGUUCUGCACAGGAUCUGAUCUCAUUGUGACAGACAGCAUCUACGUGGGAUUUGAGAAAAUGACAGAGUUCACAAGAAGACCGAUUGCACACACAUGUGGGAAUAUUCUGCACAUAGCUGACAGCUAUGAGAACUUCCCAGAUUUCCGUUCAGAAUUCAAUGCAGUUCUUGAGAGCAAUGUGUGGGUUAUGGACAUUGUUUAGACUCCAACAACAAUAACCAAACCAAUCCAAACUGUUAAGAGUUUUUCAUGUUCGAAGUAGUUGUGCAGAAUUGCAAGUAAUGGUGUGCUAUACUGUAUAUUUGGGAAGCACUUCACCAGGACCUUUAAUAGUUAUAGAGAAGUCCAGCUGGCCAGAAGGGAGCCCAUCUUUCACUACACAAACUUGGUGGUGUGUUCACAAACUACAACAAACUUGCAUAUUGACUAUUAUUCUCCAGUUGCAGAACACAAACCUGACUUGACAGAAAUGUAAUUUGUUCAUGUAAUUCAAGACCUUUUAAUACUGCUAAGA